AACAUUAACAAAGAAACUUAUGUCAGACGAAGUAGAUCGUUUGAUCAAAGGCUUAGAACGAUUGGAUUUAAAUCUGUCUUUAAGGCCUGAAAAAUUAACAUGUGAACAAUUUUGUCAUAUUACCAAAAUAUUUUGUGAUAACUCUAUAUCAAUUCCUACAAAUUGA